UAAAACCAUAAGCCACUCAUACGCAUCACUACACAGCCGCACGCACCGGCCAAACAUGAGGAGAGCGUUAGUGAUACUGUCGUUGGUGGCGGCCAUAGCGGGCGAGGCGCCCUACCACCUGCCGCGGCCGGGACUCAAUGCGCCUGUGUUCAACUACCCGUCGGCGCCCGCGCCCGCACCGCAGUACCAACCUCAGCCGCAGUUUCGGCCACAGCCACAGUACCAGCCACAGAUCCAGCCUCAACCACAGUUCCAGCCGCAGCCACAGUUCCAGCCUCAACCGCAGUUCAAUCCUAACAGCGGCUACAACUACCCCGCGCCAUCCCAGCAGUACAUCCAGCCCUCGCACCAUCACCACUCUCACCCCGCUCCACCACCCCUAGCUCACCACCACCAUCACCACCACCACCACCAGCCAGCUCCCGUGUACAUUCCGUCUCCUGCUCCUCAACCUCUCCCGAUUGCCCAACCUUUACCUGCUCCCCAACCACUGCCAGUGCUCCAGCCGCAACCAAUUUACCAGCAACCUAGUGGAUCUUAUGGGGUACCUAUUGCUCGCGCACCAGUACCAGUCGCGCCCUCGUUCCCCGUGUUUGCACCCCAACCGGCGCCACGACCGCAGCCUUUCCCUCAAUCUCAAGUGAACUCCAUAAGCCAAGUCUACCAGCCCGUCUCAUACCAACAACAGCAACAACCUCAACAAUACUCGCAGCAGCAUGGAUACAAUUACCAGCAGCCUCAAGUGGUGUACCAGCCACAAGCCCAGGCAUUGCCAUCUCAACAACUGAUUGAGCACUCUUCUGCGCCCGUAUUAUCCAGCUACCAAGCUGACUCCAACCAGUACAACAUUGCGCAGGAGCAGCCACAUAGAGACGCGCUGGACUCACUCGUUGUCGGCCGCGUGCAAAACAUCAUCAAGGAAGAUGAACACAGUGUCGCUCGUAAUGCUGGAUACCAAUCUUUGGUGUCAGGCGUGUCCUUGGAGCAGGCCAAGCCCAGCGUGGAGAUAACUUCUUUUGUUCAAACAUCCCCCUUGGUAACAAGCUCCGGACCCAGUACGUCAGUAUCAUCUUCAUCGAGCUCAUCGGUGGCGUCUUCGCCAGCGGUGAUCCCUUCCACUGACUACGGAGUGCCAACUGGCCCAGCUGUAAUCAGCUCCCAGUCUGCUGAAUCAGCACCCAGCUUUAACUUCUUGCCACAAAACAAACCAGCUAUUUCUUACGGCCCGCCAAACUGAUUUAGGUAACGACUAGAUAUUAUUAUUGUACAAAAUAUUUUGUAAAUAGAAGACUUUAU